ACGCUCAAUCUUUUUCGUAACGUGUCCCGGAUUGCGCUGAAAUUUUCCUUCUCGACGCAUGCGCCCAUGUUCGUAUAUCGGACGCUGACGGUCGGAUGAUCUAGGCCUAUUGGGCCGAAGAAACAAGGAUAAAUAGACAUAGCGAUACGUAUUUCGUUGUCUAGGUCCUUCGCGAAGCACGGGAGAUCAUGAGCAAGCAAGUCCUACAGCUGGAGCCUGACUCCGAGCUCCACUUCAAAGGCCCUUUCAAUGACGUGGUUACUUCUCACCUAAAGUUGUCCAACCCAACAGACAAGCGAAUCUGCUUCAAAGUGAAAACAACGGCACCGAAGCGCUAUUGUGUACGGCCCAACAGUGGAAUCCUUGAACCCAAGCAAGCCGUCCAAGUGGCUGUCAUGCUCCAGCCAUUUGAGUAUGACCCAACGGAAAAGAACAAGCACAAGUUUAUGGUCCAGACCAUGAUUGCUCCGGAUGGUGAUGUUAAUCAGGAUACUGUGUGGAGAGAUGCCAACCCUGAAAGCCUCAUGGACUCAAAGUUGAGGUGUGUCUUCGAAAUGCCAACUGAGGCUACUCCUCAGAAUAACCUAGACGUGAGCACGUCCCAUGGGGACGAGAAGGGAGCUGCCCCUAAGGGAGAGUGUGCCCCCAAAUCCCCCAAGGCUAGCAAUUUGGAAGCAGACCUGAAAAAAGCAACUGAGGAGUGUCGGCGACUGCGUGAGGAAGUAGCCAAUCUACGCCAGGAAAAUGCUGCUCUAAAGGAGGAUGGCCUGAGGCAGCGGAUGCUCCAAACUGCUGCCACAUCGGAGACUGUGACCUCCCAUGCAGCUCCGGAGACCACGUCGCAGAUGACGCACCGUACCAAGGAGAUGUCAAUGGCUCAUUCUUCGGGCAUUUCUCCACUGAUGUUGACGCUCUUUGCCUCUUUCAUGGUGGUCAUUGGAGUGCUGGUUGGGAAGUGGUUCUUUUGAUCGCCCCCUUCUGCCACAAGAUGAGGCCUAUCCCUGUGUGGCACUCUCCCUGCCCUCACUCUCUACAACUAUCCUUUCCUCUGCCCAUCUCUUCUGCUGGCGGCAUUUCUUAACACAGAUGUUCAGUUGAAUGUGCAGACUGGCGCCUGCCAACAGUUGUGUUCCUUGUGGGCACCCCUCCAUGCAGCUUGUCGUCCAGUUUUUUCUUUUUCUUUUUAAAUCUGUGAAUGUUGUUUGUGCACAGGCUAAAAGGUUUUCUCAGUUUGCCCAAGCUCUUGUGUAAGGCCUUAAAAGUUGGAUUGCUUCUUCAGGGCCAGAACAGUGGUAUCACACAUUAAAUUCUAAUAUUAAUGGUCUGUUUUGCACAUUUAACUUGUGAUGUUAACUUUAUGGUAGUCUCCAAAUAGCUCUGCCUUGUAUUUUAUGAGCGCUUGUGUGUAUGUGUGCCUGUGUGUUUGUGUGCAUGUGAGUAUGUCUGUGCAGCACUCUGGGCACGAUCUUCAUUCCCAGAGGCUGGAGGGUGCCCAGAAGGUUAUCACUGCUCCAUUUUGAGACUGAGUGAUCUGACAACACUGUUUGCACCAUGGAAAAGAGCAACCAGUACCCUUUUUUGCCUGAGCAGAUGUAGAUGGGAGGAGUGGAGGUGUGGGGUUUUUUCUCCUUCUUCUUUAUUUUGUCUCUCUUCUCCCACGCUUUUCCUGGAUUCUGAGAAAGGACAGUAGAGAAGGGAGAACAUUGUCAAAGGGUGGCCACACCGCGUGUGUCUAGGGGCUAACUUCUGCAAACCCUCCCUCUUCGCGACGCUGUUUCUUUAUUGCACUAGAAGCAGACAGUUUUCAAGAAAAAAUGUGAAAUAAAUUUUGGCCACUAAUGCACUUUUGAGGCUACUUUUUUGUUGCUUAGGUUUUGUUUGUAUUGUUUCACUAGUUCAUCAUCUGCAACAAGCACAACCUAUUCAAGGACAAAAUGUGUAGUGCAAGCCUUACCAAAGUUGUAGUCCUGGGUGACUGUGCUUUGGUGCUAUGUAACAUGGCCUGCUUUGUUCCUGCAUUGUUGGGGGAACAUUAGUGAGGCUGCACACUGGCUUUUUUCAGAGUGCAUGAUGGCUCGUUGGUCAUGGAAGCCUAGUUCCAUGAUAAAAUCUUGAUAUGGGAUAAGUCGUUUGCCUUCAAAUUGCAUAGCACUGCAUUAGACAGUGAUGUUUGGCCUUAGCGGGUCCUUUUUUUGCACAUUUAGAAAGUCAUUAAUGCUGAGGCACAUUGAAGAGAGCAUAGUUUCUGAAGUUUGGGGCUUUGCUGGGCAGCAUUUUACCCUACUUAGACUUGUUUGUGUCCUUCUAUUGCAAGCCACAUUGCCCAACCUUAGGGAAAGACGUGUGAAUUUAAGCAAAGCUGAAUAAAAGUGGUUGAACUUGAAA